AUGCCUAGCACCGAAGAAUUGAACCAGGUAACCUUCAAUGCCGAGAGGAACCUCAACUCCUACGAGGCCAAGCAGGGCCUUGGCAAGAAAAGUGACUCGACUCUCGAGUCUGGUGUUGACGAGAUGGUUGACCAGCGAUUCUCUCAGGCCACAGGUGUGAAGUAUGGCCCUGGCUCAGCUGCCUCUGGCAGUGACCGCCGUGUAAUUCCCGAGGAUGAAGGUGGCAUUCGGGAUGACCGCAACAGACUCGCCAGAGGAGGUCAUUUCGAGGGCACUGGCGGCCCAGAAGACGAUGUCAGAUUCAAGAACGAGAACCGUGGUGGUGACUAG